UGCGACGGGGGGUGCCAGAGCUGGGGAAAUGGGUGAGGAGGAAGAGACAAUGGUGAAGACACGGCUCAUGGGUGGUUACGGAGGAGAGGUAGUGGUCGUUGGUGGGUUUCCGGCGGCGGAAUCGGAAUCUGGGUCGGAUUCUGAAUCGGAAUCGGACUUGGACUCUGCAGCGUCGGAGAUUCUGCUUCUGUGGUCUCUGCAGGCACCGACUUCGUUUGCCCCAAAUGCCUUCGUUUCUCAGUCUUCUCUUCAGCUCCGUAUCGACGCUUGUGGGCAUCCUCUCUCUAUCCUCCAGUCACCUUCUUCGCUGGGCACACCUGGAGUGACCGGGUCAGUGAUGUGGGACAGUGGAGUGGUGCUGGGGAAGUUUCUGGAGCAUGCCGUCGAGUCCGAGAACCUUUCUCUCCAAGGCAAGAAAGUCGUCGAGUUGGGCUCCGGCUGCGGUUUAGUCGGUUGCAUAGCGGCAUUGUUGGGAGGUAACGUUUUCCUCACCGAUCUACCCGACAGACUGCGGUUGCUGAAGAAGAAUGCCGAAACCAAUUUGCAAGGAGGAAACUUGCGGGGAUCUGCCGUGAUCAAGGAGCUUGUUUGGGGAGAUGAUCCGGAUCCCGAUUUGAUCGAACCUCUCCCAGAUUACGUAUUAGGCUCAGAUGUUAUCUACAGUGAGGAAGCCGUCGAGCAUUUGUUAGAGACUCUUCUGGGACUUUGCGGCCGCCAAACGACUAUCUUUCUGGCAGGAGAACUCCGAAACGAUGCGGUUCUCGAGCAUUUCCUGGCGUCUGCGUUGAAGGAUUUCGCGGUUGGACGGGUGGAUCAGACGCAAUGGCACCCGGAUUAUCGCAGUCGACGGGUAGUGAUUUAUGUUCUAGUGAAGAAAUUGGAGAGAUGAGUUAUUCAUCUCUCACUGAAUCAUGAUUCUUGAUAGGGGUGGGGCCAGUGGGUGAACGGUUUGGUUAUUUGAAGACCGAACCAAACCCGAUCGAUUUAUAUAUAAACCAAAUCGAUUAAAAUUAAAUAAAUGUGUGGUUAGAAUUUUUUGAAAUCCGAAUUACAAAUCUGUCCAACCAUGUAUCACCAAUUAAUUUGCAAUAUA